UAUCCUUCCUCCAUGGUUGGACGGACAGAGAUGUUUAGGGUGUAACUUAGCCCGUGUUGGACGUUGUCUUCAUUUCAUUAUGACUGAGUAUGGUCAGGGAGUCCACCUGGGCUAGGGUGUAAGUUAAAGUCAAAGCGAACUUUGAGAUCAUACUCAGGCUUACACUGGUUGCAGUCUCGAAUUUGGAAAUAGGCCUAAGUGUUUACAACUUUUGUGUGUCAUCUCUGCUCUUUCCGCAACAACAGAUGUUUUUUGUAUUAUGUAGCCAUAGUAGUAGUCUUGAUAUCUUAAUUUAUGCAUUUUUUAAAAAUUGUUAUCUACUUAUUAAUGCGUACACAUAUAUUCUUUGUCAUUUUAUUAUAUGAGAAAGGCAAAUAAAUCUUGGUUGGGAUGUGAAAAAUAAUGAGUCUACCAGAAUACAGCCUAGGCCCUACAUGUAUGGAAAGAUGGGACUUUAAGCCUACGUGUUCAUCGGAAGCUUUUGCAACUUGAGGUCAUCACAGCAACCACUUCACUCGUUUUGCACUUCACCCCUUCGCUACUUCACCUAUGCGCGCCACUUUGCCCAUUUACCACUUCACCCACAUGCCACCUCACCCACACAGUAAAUGCAUGCCACAGUUUCAGAUGUCUCAACUUUGAGAGGAGCUUUCUCUCUGGCGCAGAGGGGAUGUGCCCACCAAAGACUUCCAGCUGUCCUUGCAACAUCAAAGGAACAACAAAUUUCAAGUUAUGCGUCCAGAACUUACAGACCGCAGGCUCGCCUGUUGAGCACAACAUCCAGGUUGAAUGUCGGUGUCCAGCAUGCUGCGCCGAGCUUUGUGGGCACAGCAGUAGUGAACGGAGACUUCAAAACCGUCCGACUGGAAGACUACAGGGGGAAGUACCUGGUGCUCUUCUUCUACCCGCUGGAUUUCACGUUUGUUUGCCCCACCGAGAUCAUUGCCUUCAGCGAGCGGGCCAGCGAGUUCCAUCAACUCAACACCGAGGUAGUGGGCGUGUCGGUUGACUCCCACUUCAGUCAUCUUGCUUGGAUCAACACACCGAGAAAGGAAGGAGGGCUCGGUCCAAUGAACAUCCCUCUCCUGAGCGACUUCAAGAAAGAAAUCUCCAAGGACUAUGGCGUGCUUCUGUACGAGGAAGGAGUGGCAUUGAGAGGGCUGUUCAUCAUAGACCCAGAUGGCAUAGUGCGCCACACCAGCGUCAACGACCUCCCCGUGGGCCGGUCAGUGGAUGAGACCCUGCGGCUGGUCAAGGCCUUCCAGUUUGUGGCCAAGCACGGCGAAGUGUGCCCGGCGGGCUGGACACCAGACUCACCCACGAUCAAGCCCGACCCCCAUGGAUCCAAGACAUAUUUCGAGGAGGUCAACAAGUAACCGUGACGACCGUCUGGAGCUCUGACAUCUUUUGUGAUCCCAUAGCCAGCCAAACCAUUGAUCUAUCAGCUGUGAGAAGAAAUUUGAACUUUACUAUAAGUAGGGCAGAUUUUCUGAAACAGUAGUUUGAGUUUUGUGAUUUCUGCUGCAUGCUUCAUUAUACCCAAUUUUGUUCCAGAUUAUUGUUUUCAAAGGCAUUUGUUGAAAAUUGGCAAAGAGACCCCUGGUUAAUAAAGCACAUUUACAUGUA